AACGAGGAAUGUGAAUAGCGUCCGGCUUCUUCGUCUUUUCCGUGGGUCGUAGUGAGAAGCAAUAAACCAGUGAGAAGCUUCAAUCUUCAGAAGGGAGAGGGGGUGGCUAGAGAGAGAGAUUUCGAGGGAGAGCACCUGUAAGGUCGUCACCGGUUGAGGAAGAAGUCGAUAUUCGUUCGGACCCCGAGGUAGAGAUUAAUCUGCUGGUUUGAGGAUUGAAGAGGUAGAGGUCGCUGAAGUGCUGAGAAGCAUCAAUCGCAUUGCUGUCAUGGAGGAGGUUGGCGAAGUAACUGUGACUGCGACAAACGAAGGAGGGCCAAGUGAAGAAGUGAAGAAUGGCUACAUGUUGUUUAGACGAGAAUUUCUUAAGGGUGGGGAGAAGUUUAAGAAUAUGUCUGAACAAGCGAAAAAGGCAUCAAAGGCAUGGAAGCAGUUGACACCAGAGGAGCAGAAGAAAUACAGUGAUAGGGUGAAGCAAUCAAGAAAGGAAGGGAUGAAGAAGAAGAGGAAGAAAAAAGUGGCUUUUAGCACUCGUUGCUCGGUUCGGCAAUUUAAGUCAUUAGUGGACUUCAUAAAAGAUGAUGAAGAUUUGAAAGUGAGGGUACAAAAUUUAGGCUUUGGCCAUUUACUUGACAUUGGAUGUGAGAGACUCCCUCGUGACCUCAUAGUAUGUGUUCUCCGAGCAUAUGAUCCGCCUACCCAUCAAUUUCUAAUAAGAGGGAUAAUAAAGGAAAUAGAAGCAAAUGAUGUUGCAAACUUGUUGGGUGUACCCCACACAGGGGAGAAGGUAAAAAUGGACGUAUGUGAUGAUGAUGAGACAUACCAAAGGUUGAAGGAGGAAUUUGGUAAAGUCCCUUAUACGAAGAUACUCAAUGACAUUAAAUCUGGGCAGAAGAAAGAUGAGUUUGAGUUCCUGUUUAUGCUGUACACACUUGGGAGUUUUUUAACUCCUACUUCACAAACAACUGUGAGUGACAAGCUAAUAAGAGUCAUGUGCUGUACCAUGAAGGGAUUUCACCAAUUUGAUUGGGCCACGUACAUUGUGAAGCACUUGUGGAAAGAGAUGGGAGAUUAUGUGAAAGUGUACACAAAAGCAAAGAAAGACGAAGAUGAAGAUGAAGGAAGCUGCAAUGUGGGAGGAUGCAUCUACCUCCUGUUGGUAUGUAUUUCUGACUUAUGCUUCUAA